AUGGUCAACCAAAAAAGCAAGCACCAUCAGAGGACUACACCAACACCAGCGCGAUAUCGACAAAUCACCGUCAUGGUCAAGCAGGAGUUUGAAAGACACAAACAGCUUGAGGAGCCUCAAGCGGCACUCGAUCAGUUCUGGAGCACCUUCAACUCCCAGAAACCAGGUUUAGCACGAAACAUACUUGGCACGGACAGCACCUCGCCAUUACGGGAUCCCAAGCAUGUCGAAGGGUGCAGUAUCACAGGGGACGAUGCAGGAAGUUACGCAUCUGCAAGGCGUGCCUGCAUUCGGAGAGUCCUGGACAUUGCACACGAGUCAAAGCUGAACAAUCAGAAGUUCACCGACCUGGACUUCCACAUCAUGCGAGACAUCUACUGCCCAUAUACCGAUGAGGACUGUGAUCAGAUAUGUCUGCACGGCCUGAAGUUACCUGACCCCGAACGAUCUACAGAAGCUCCCGAGAGUUGCCAGAGCCCAACGAAGCAGACUCCGAUUGCAACUUCGCGUGGCCAAGCACACCCCAAACAGGAGUUCCCAAGCACCGCUCCUGUACCGAAGUUUGACGACCAUUGUUGGUGUCAGGAUCAGUAUGACUUUCCUUCCACAGCCCGCAGGCUUACAGACAUCGUCGCCGACCCUUCCUUUGCACCGCAUGCCCCGAAAAGUAAUCUGCGACAGCUCCAGCGAGAACUUGACCCUGGUGAUACGCCUCGUCCUCGCUUUCAUGCACUUGUCAAUGCCUGCACUACGAAUGUUAGCCGCUCACUCGGCUAUGCUACACCCGCAGUCGUGCUCUUGUGGUCUAUUGACCUGCUUGCUCGAUCACACGUCGCGCUUUGUGUGGCAGCAUAUCUAGCGAUCAUCCUGAUUCGGGCACUGAUCCUCAACUUAACAUCACGCCAAGUGAGUCCAGACUUUGCUUCCUCCGAGAUCAAUCAGGGUCAACUCGGCAAUUGCUGGUGGAUUGCAACGGUAGGGAUCAUGAGCAAACGGAACGACUUACUAAGCAAGAUAUGCGUUGCGUGGGACCAAGACGUGGGCGUGUACGGCUUCCUCUUCUACCGCGAUGGUGCUUGGACAUAUACUGUUGUGGACGACUACCUAUACCUCUCGGCAAAGGACUACACAGAGAACUACGCGUUCGAGUUCGAUGGCGAUAGAUUCUCGCCGGAAGCAAAAGCCUACGAUGAUGCUCACUUGACAGGAACUGGAGCCUUUCAAUUCGCGAAAUGCAAAGGGACCAACUACACGUGGCUAUCAUUUCUGGAAAAAGCAUACGCAAAGGCGCAUGGCGAUUACGAAGCCAUUGUAGGUGGUUGGAGCUCAGAGGGACUCGAAGACCUGACAGGCGGUGUCGGCUCCGUCUUGAACGCCUUCAGUCUAAGGGACAAAGACGCCUUCUGGAACCAGCUGCGUCGCGGCGAUGGAGAGUACCUUUAUGGUCUUGAUACCCCACAUGAGGGUAGGGCAUACAACGAGAAAGGUUUGGUGCUGUGCCAUGGCUACGUUGUGGAUGGCGCGUUCGAAUACUAUCACCUCCAUGGGUGGCGACUGAAAAAGACGAGGUUGCUCAGAAUACGGCAAGUCUUGCGCAGAAUCCGAAAGGGGCUAUAUCUGACAGUAGCUAGAAGCGUAUGGGGAAGACACCAUGAUGGCGUUUGGCAAGGUCCUUGGGGUGUUGGCAGCAAGUCGUGGAAUCCUAUCGCUACUUGGUGGCUACAGCUGCACAAUGCCCCGAGGGGUGUGUUCUUCAUCACGUACGAAAAGGCGAUGAAGUGUUUUAGAGACAUUCAACAAGUACGACUACUCGACGCACAGCAGUGGACAUGUAAGCAACUCUGGACCAAGGUGCACGUUCCUUGGAACCCGCAGUACAGCCCUGUCUUCUUCCAGCUGCAUCUGACGAAACGCAGCGAAGUUGUCUUCGCACUCUCCCAGCUCAAUUGGCGAUAUUAUCGAGGCCUGCAUGGACGGUACAACUACACUCUUGCAUUCGUCGUGCGCCAGAAAGACGGAUCAGAUCACCGCAAUGUAGCGCAUGCAGCUUUCUCCAAUGUACUGGGUCUCGAGUUCGGCAUGCGAAACAACGUUAACACGUCGGUCGAACUGCAGCCUGGCAUCUAUGACAUUCUCGUCAAGGUCACUGCUCAGGCCUGCAGAGCCUACGAAGGGCGCGAACUACCCUGGAGUGUGGAGGACGCGAUCAAGCAGUCGACCACUCAACCGAGGAAGCUUCAACAGCUUGCCAAGAACUACGACGAGGCGUAUGGGAAGCUUCAGAUCAUUGAACCAGCUUCGAGCCAGAAGAAUGACACAAAGAUCGACCAGAAGCUCGAGAAGAAAGGUGAGGAGAAGGACGAGAAGACAGAGGACAAGGAUGAUAAGAAGGCGAAGGAUAAGCACUUUGCGUACUCAGGCCCCAACGAGGUGGCGUGGAAUGCCCAAUGUGGUGUGGGCCUGCGCGUCUUCGCUAAGGAUCCCGACAUGCGACUUGAGCUUCACUAUCGCGAGGAGAAGCAUGCCGACGCCCAGGUCAAGAGUACAGCAGAGCCUUCGAUUGAAGUGAAGGCGGCUCCGUCCCAAUCGACUGAUGCUGGGACGAGCAAGGCUACCGAUGCUUAUGCAACGCACAUGGAUGAGAUGGUGAGUUCUAUGUUGCGGAAGUAG